GUGGGUCAUGAACUGAGACAAGUUAUAGUGUUGAAGGACUGCAUUUAAGGUGAACAAGUUAAAUUAAAACAAAAUAGAAAAAACUAUAACAACCGGUUACUGACAUAUCGAUUUACGAGAGAAGAGAAGAGCCCUGCAAAAAUUUUUAUAGAAAGAAUCACUUUUGAUAACCUGAGGAAGGCGAAUAGUCAUGGCUUCGGGAUCUGAGCCGUCACUCAACAAUUCUUUUAGGGAAGACUGCACCCCACGACCAUUUGACCAAGAUGUCUUAAAUUUUAAAUAUAUCAAGCACCAAGUCUUGCAACCAGAAUCAGGCGCUUUAGAUCUGAUAUCGCCAUGCCAUGAAUUUAAGUCAUUUGUAACAGCUGCUACGCUGGAUCGCAAAAGACUCCAGGCUAAGUUUGCCAAAGAGGUUCUUAAGUUUGCAUCUGGCUGUAUGAAUAUCAGAUCAAAUGGUACAAUACACUUUGGUGUGAUGGACAGCAGGAAAGAUGGAAGAUAUGUGCAUGGUGAAAUUAUCGGUAUCCCUGUAAAAGAGAAAGACAUUUAUGUAGAUGCUUUAGACGACAUUGAAAGAUGUUUCUCCCAUGACAAGGAGCAUGUACGCCAGUGUGUGAGGCCCCCAAAAUUUAUUGAGGUUAGAGAUCAAGAAAUGACAGAAAGGAAAUAUGUGGUAGAAGUUGACAUUGUCCCUUUAAUAAGCAUUGUAAAGAACAAAGUGUAUGCAGUUUGCCUGCCAAACUUCAAAGAGGCAAAAAACAGACUUGAAUAUGAUAAUGAGGAGGUUUUUCGCAGGGUGGGUUCAAAAACAGAGCGUGUGACUGACCUAAGUCAUUUUCACAGUCGAGUCCAAGAUCGGGAUGCUCAAAGAGAAGAAGCUGAGAGAAAUAGGUUCAGCCCUUCGGAGAUUUGCCAAGACCUUGGAAGGAAACUCAAAAUGCUAAUGACUGAGGGAAAGAAAUUUAUUGAAAACGAUAAAUGGUUUAUACUAAUCACAAACGGAGUCCAACCUGAAGACCUUUCUAAUACUGACUGGCUGCUUAACAUGAACUUGUUCUGUGUGUUUGACUUUGACCCAGACUCAAAGAUAUCUGGCUUUUGCAGCAAAUAUCUUCAGCACCGUGCUCCAAACAUGCAUUUUCUGCAUAGCUACAGGAAACCCAGUGACAUGAGCGCCAACGAUUUCACACAUCAGCUACAUCUAUUUGAGCAAACUAGCUGGAUCUUUUGUAAUGGCCGCUCUGACUUCAAUGCAAAUGAUUCCGCCUGUGAUGAAAUGACUUGGAUCAAGAAAAAAAUAACUUUCCUGAGGGAAUGUGUGUCUUUGAUCUGUAAACAAAUCUUGCCACAGGGGACGUUCCAGGUCAUUUUCCUUCUAACGUCACCAAUUGAGAAACCAAUUCUGCACACCUUUAAUGAGUUUUUUACUGACAUGGAAGGUCAUGAAGACAUCAUCUGCAUCUGUGAAUCUCAGGAAAACUUUCAGAAGUGGAAAAGCUUUGCUGAGUUAACGUGUGGGGAGGACGUUGUGACUGAUAAAAGUGUUGUUGGGAUGAAAAUGAGUCACAUAAAUGCCACUGUGCAGCAAAUACAAAUAGUAAAAGCAUGUGCCAGGAAACACUUGCCAGUCUUUAUGAAAGGGACAUGUCUUCUUGAGACACAGAAAGAGGAACAGAUGUAUUCUCUGGAAAUACUGACGGUUGAUCAUUGUGAUGAAACAAGUGAAGAAUUUAUUGAAGAGAAUAAAACAAGCAUUGAAGGCCAGUUUUACCAUGGUGGGAGAGUGACCUGGUUAAAUUUGUGGCUUGCUGAGCACAGGCAUGUUUUAGAAGUCAUUGAAAGAGAUGCUUACCGUGAUGUUUCCCAACGCCUUAAUGACACUUUAAAAUGGAACACAAACCAGACUCCAGUGCACACUAUAAACAUCUACCAUCAUCCUGGCAGUGGUGGAAGCACAGUGGCAAGACAACUGCUGUGGAACAACAGGAAGGACUUAAGGUGUGCGGUUGUGAAACCCUCAUACACAACUGCCGAAGUUGCGCAACAUGCAGUUAAACUUAGAGAAUAUGAAGAAAAAGAUUCACAGUCGUGUGUUCCUGUGCUGCUGCUUAUUGAAGACUUGGACAAAGAAUAUCUUGAUGAUCUCAGACAUGAGCUGGAGAAUGCCAUGAGAGUAAAAAGAGUUAAAUAUGGAACACUUAGUUUUGUUUUGCUGAGCUGCAGAAGAUCCCAUAAUCCAGAGAAGAAAUGCAAAGAGUCUCCACUUCAGAAUGUUGCAGUUACUCACAAACUGUCUGAUGAAGAGAAGCGAAUGUUUGCUGGAAUACUAGAGAAACUCGAGGUAAAGCAUGAUCCUGAGUUUAUCCUGACAUUUGUUUUAAUGACUAAAGAAUUCAAUGAGGAGUAUGUUCAAAAGUUUGUGAUGCACUUGCUCCAAGACAUUGACCGGCAUUCUGUUGUCACUCGCCUAAUCCACUAUGUUGCGCUGCUGAACACUUACGUUCCUGACUCCUUCAUCUCCCGGUCCCAUUGUGAAGCUUAUCUUACUCUGACUAUUCACAUGGAAAGGUUUCGACAGUACAAGUUUGAGCGAUCACUCAGUGAUCAGGCUAAACUUGUCUUUUUACACAUUAGAGAUAAAAGGACACAAGUGGACUCAAUCAAAAUCAUCAAUCCACAUGUUGCAAAGGAAAUCCUUAAGCAGCUUCUUGGAGACCAACAAACCCAAAGCAGGCUGGCAAUGGAUUUGCUGUGUGAGAAGGCAUUUUUCGAACACAGAUUUGGAAGGGAAGAAUACUUGUCAUUUUUGAGAGCACUUUUCAUAAGGCGAUCUAAAAUAAACAAAGGAGAUGAAUGUGAUAGUUUGUUCUCUCCCCUGAUUGAGCAUGUGCUUGAAAAUGGGAAGAGUCCAGAUAAAGCAAUUGAGUUGCUCAAGAAAGCUUUUGAACGUUUCAACAAGGAUCCAUUCUUUGCGCAACAACUGGCUCGUCUUCAUUAUACUUAUGAAAAGUUUGAAGAAGCAAAAUACUGGGCAGAGACGGCAACUAAACAGCAACCAAACAACUCAUACUUCCUUCAUACAAGGGGGCAGGUGUACAGAAAGUGGUUCCAAGCAAAAUGCGAAGCUCUUGAAACUAUUCCAAAGACGGCCCAGAACACGGCAGAUGCGGUGGAGACUGCACUGAAAGCGUUGGAAUGUUUUCAAGAAUGUGAGAGAGCAGCUAAAGAAGAAAUGGAAAGUGUUAACAGUUCAGGGUACUUUUCUGAAGUUGAGACUGGAUGCAGCCUGCUCAAACUAAUUUCAUCAUUGGAGGUGUUUGAAAACAAAACCAUUGGCCAUUCAGAAUGUAUGAAAUACCUGUUAACAGAUUACAUACCUGAAGAAGUCAGAGAUGCUUGGGAACCAUUUCAUGGUCGUCUGAAGAGACUUAACAAUACAAUGCAGGAUGCCCUGGAGUGGAUUUCAGAAGACCUCAGUUUCUUCCAGACAGACAUUGGAGAUGAAGAUGAAACUAAAAGCAUCGAGGUGAAGAUAAAGAAUCCACUGACAUGGUUGCCAAAAAAGACUUCAGAGUAUGGAAAAUACUUUAGUGAAGCUCAAAGUACUGCACUUCAGUGUGGGCAGUCAACCCUGGACAAGCUAACACCUUUCCAAAAGCGCAUGAUGAUCUAUCACUAUGGUGGGGGUAAUGUAACAUCCAUCCUCUCCAAGUUGACAGACCAAAAGGAUGCAGUAGCUGUUUUAGAGAACAUCCUUGAUCUGUACCCAAAGAAUCCAAUGAAUGCCAGACUUGAUCAAAGGGAUAUUGUCAAUUACAUCAUGACCAACAUUACACUUAACAGCUUGGCACCACAGUCUCAAAAAGUAACUAGUGUAAAACAGCUACAAACACUGUGUGGUCAAUUCCCAUCCGACAAAAGAAAAUGUUCAGCAAAUGCACUAUUCUUGCUCACCUUGCUAUUUUGGCCAGAGGACCACGACACAGAUUGUGAAAGAGAAAAAAAAUAUGGGAUUGUGCAGUCAGCUGUUGAACACCUGGAUAAAGGCUACUGGACAAAAAUGAAGGAUGUUCCUCAGAGAAAGAGAAGGAUUUACACCCAUUUCUUUCUGGGCAAUGGGAAAGGAUUAAACAGAUUUGUCCACAAAAAAACAUUUGAAAAAGACACAAAGGGGGUCUCAGUUUUUGAGAGACGCUUGAAGUGGUUAAGUGGUGAAGCAUGGAAAAUGCCCAAGAUCGCAGCAAUGCUAAAACCUGUUUCUGGGUGGACAGAAGACAAGGUAGUAUACCUUCAGGGCCCACAGAAAAAGUUCAGUAUCCUGCCUCUUAAUGUGUCAUCAGUACCUCAUAAUGAAAACAUCACAUUCUACCUGGGGUUCACAUUCAGAGGUCCUGUUGCCUGUAAUGUCAUGGUGAAAAACUAGUCUUCACAGUCACAUUUGUCUGUGUUAGCUUGAUGCAAAUUGUCUUAUUUGCCAUUUGAUAAAUGCAACAACAAAUGAUAAUGAAACAAAAAAAUGUAUGGUAUGAAAUUAUUGAAAUAUUUGAUAUAUUAAACCCCUGGUUAUUAUUUCUCACUCUGUAUUUACAAAGUAAUAAUGGAUUGCUACUCUGCGUUGUUUUUUUUACAGUAUAGUUGAAACAGUUUCUUAUAGUUAUAUAUGAUUUAUGAGCAUACGAGUUCGAUUGCAGUUCAAAUCUUAACUGUAAGGCGUGUGGAACUGGGGUUGCAGUGUGGAUUCUUCAACAUACUUUGUGUUGGUCUUAAGAAAUUAAACUUGGUAAAAUCCUUUCAUUCAUUUUCUUGUUUUGAUCCUCCUGGAUGGAAAAUAGUGUGGGUAUGAAUCAAUAAAUGGAUAAUGUAAAAAUUUAAAAAAAUAAACAUCGUUAGAUUGUAGACCUUUAUAGUUAACUGUAAACUCACUACUUCAUCAUAUCCAGAUAACAAUUAAGAAACCAAUGCUUUUUUUUACUAUUAUUAAUGGAUUGCUUUUUACGUAGCAUGUCUUGUGUGUUGUCUUAACAUUUUAGAAUGAUUUUGAAACAUGUUAUGUUUUCUUUUAAUGUUAAUGUCAUAUUCAUUAGUAAAAGAAAACCUUACAUUAAUUUGCAAGAGAAAAUGAUUUUUACAUAUUUUGUUCUUUAUACAAUAGAUAAUAUAUUUUUUGUCUUUAAGGUAUGGAAAUAAUACUACUUGGGUUUUAACUUUUUUUUCAAACAUACAUAUUGAAUGAAAUUAGUUUUAAAAAGUGACUGUUGUAGAACAUAUGUAAAUUGGUUAACCAGGUUUUGAUUAUUAUGUUUAUUGUUAGUCACUACCUUGGGUUUUUCUUUAUCAAAACUUUAUGUUUUAUGUAUUUUCAGCUCUGGUGUGAUUUUCUGGAUUG